UUGCCACCACUGCUGCUGCUGCAAAAGCUAAGGCCACUCCCACUCGAUCCAAACAAGUAAAAGUUAAUCCUGUGACCAAGGGUAAAGCAAAGGUGAAAGGUCCCAGACCUUAUCCCAGACUGAAAUCUCCCCAGUUUUCAGAAGACCAGGAAGAGAAUGAAGAAGAUUACUCUAAAGCAGAUGGAGGAGCAGCCCCCUCUUAAGCAGAUGACAAUGAUGAUCUUGUCCAACCUUUCUCUCUAAAGGAACUGCACCUCAUGAGAAAGGGCUUUACCCACAAUGAAGUUAUGAACUAGAACAUUUAAAAAAGAACAACAAAACCAACUGUCACAUCCUACAAGGUGGGCAUGACUACAGUUCCCCAGAGGUGGGGUCAACCCAGGGAGAUUCGGACUGGACCUUCUUGCUAUCUAAACUCAUUCCCAGAGAGGAGCCUAGGGCCUUUCAGUUAUCUUGAUGAUGUCCCAUUUAAGAUAGGAGACAAAUUCAAAACCCCAGCAAGGGUUGGAUUACCCAUUGGUUUCUGCGUGCCUGAUGCUUCUCAGCUUGUCAGAGAAGCCUGGUAUGACUUCUCACUGGAAAAGAAAACAAUUGAGUGGGGUGAAGAUAUAAAAAAAAUUGAAGCUGCCCAGAGAGAAGCUGAACGAAAGGCAGAAGAAGCCCUAGUGAACUCAAAGGCAGCUCCAGAGGACAGUAACAAAAUGGAGUUCUCAAAGGGACUUUGCCCUGAAGUUAUGCCUCCUCCUAUUAACCCCAUCCUCGCUAGCCUGCAGCACAAUAGUAUUCUUACUCCCACGCCAGCUGACAGCAGCACUGUGAAGCAAAAGGUUCUCAGUCCACCUCAUCCAAAAGCAGACUUCAACCCAGCUGAUUUUGAAUGUGAAGACGACCCAUUUGACAAACUGGAAUUAAAAACUAUUGAUGAUAAGGAGGAAUUAAAAAAUAUUCUUGAAAUUCAUGUUGGUACUACUGAGCCAGUUGUUGCCCAGCUGUUAGAUAAUACUUUGGCCAAAGGAGGGUCUGAAUCUGUGCUGCGAGAUGAGCAAGUUCUGGCAUCCAUAGAAAAGGCCACGUUGGAUUUCAAGCCCCUUCACAAACCCAAUGGCUUUAUCACUUUACCACAGUUGGGAAACUGUGAAAAGAUGUCCUUGUCUUCCAAAGCAUCCCUGUCUCCUAUCACUUCAGUGAACAAUAUCAAAUCCCUGUCCUUUCCUAAACUUGACUCCGAUGAGAGUGGUCAAAAAUCAUCAAAGCUCACAAGCACUUUCCACAGCACUACCUGUCUCCACAAUGGCUCUUUUCUCAGCUCUUUGCAGACCUGUGCUCAAAGUAAAGCUAGUGAACUGAAUGGACACCAUAUGGUUGGUCUUUCCAGUCUAAAUGAGGACAGUGGCAUGGAGGCAUCAACAUUAUCCUCUUCAUCCAGGCUGCCUUCCCAGGCUGUGUCAACAGUUUGUAUGGAAGAUAAAUCAUCAUUUUCAAGCACAGCGACUAUGGUAACGCACCAAAAUUUCCCAGUGUCUAAAGUGCCCAAUAACACCAGCUGCACAAAGCAGUUGGGUGGCCCCACUCCUGAAGUACAGCAGGUCCUCUCUGCUAGUGAAAGGCAGUGCAUAGAGACAGUCGUCAACAUGGGGUACUCGCCUGAGAACGUCUUGAAAGCCAUGAAGAAGAAGGGACAGAACAUAGACCAGGUUUUGGAUUACCUGUUAGCACAUGGAGAGCUUUGUGAGAAGGGCUUUGAUCCACUUCUUGUUGAAGCAGCUUUGGAAAUGCACCAGUGUUCAGAGGAGAAGAUCACAGAACUUCUCCAACUAAUGAGUCAAUUUAAAGAAAUGGGCUUUGAACUAAAAGACAUUAAGGAGGUCUUAUUAUUACAUAACAAUGACCAACACAACGCUUUGGAAGAUCUGAUGGCCCGUGCAGGAGCCAGCUGAAAACACAUUCCUAGAUUCUUGGCAUGCAGCGGAGCAGGUCCAGCUCCACCACCUUCACAUCCAGUGUGACUUCUGUUGGCAGGAAGGAGUCCAGCUUUUCGCAUAUAUGGAAAAGUGACUGAGCAAGCCUGCCCAUGUGCAUCGCCACCAUUUCUCAUUCCACUGAGAGCCAACUUUCUUUCUUAAAUUAAGUUUUUUAAGUGCCCUUUCCUAAGUUUCCAUCUUGUCCACGGAGAGUUUAGACUGCUCAACCUCUAGUGGAAUUAUACAUAGGUAGAGACAGGAGUGAUUUCUCUUCACUGUUGCACUGGAGUUGGACAGAAGAAUACGUAGUUCUGAAACUAGGAUGCUUUGGUUCUUUGAAGCUGCUUUUGUGUCUGCUUGUACUGAAUCACUUGACUGUCACAGUCCAGAUUAACUGGUUAGAUUUGACCUUUAGUGCAAUGGAGUUUUACUUUUUGGUUGAAAGUCUGUAACUUAGUAAAGCACUGGUUCAGAAACUGUCACUAUGCAUAAAGAGAGAAGCUGUUCCUCUUAUGUUUUCUUUUUGUUGUUUUUUACCCAUGCAUCCAACACUUCUGCCAGACAUGAGUUUCCAAUGCUGAGUGGUGUGUAAGUUCUCUUGAAACAGGUAAGCUGUGAACUCUACCUGAACCUGAAGGCAGAGAGCUGGAGCUCAGUAUUCUUAAUUCCCCAUGUUUGUAGGAUAUUUAAGGCUAUGCCCUUCUAGGAAGUCAGUUAUCUUUUUGUUUUAAAUAAUACUCAGUGUGAUGCAGGAGGUUUCUUUCAAGCACUUUCUUUAAAACAAAUAUACUCACUGCAUUAGAUUAGUUCCAUUUCACACAGCUAUAGAAUUGCAUAAUAACAUCUAGUACUAGAAAUGAAGUUUUGGGUUGGUUUUGAUAGUUCAAAGUAGUACUUUGUAUAUUGUUCAAGUUUUAAAUAUGUAAAAUAUCAGUGGUCUUAAGGAAUCUUUAAAGUAAUUUGCUAAAUAUUUUGAUUCUGCAGAAGAACAACUAAUAAAAUCCUGAAAUAUAACUCCCAGUGUCAUGGUUCCCAUCUCAUGCUCUUCAGCUCCAGCGGAUGAAGAAUUUGCUGGAUCCUACCUGCUCCUGUGCUGCCUGCUCCUGUAGGCAUGCAUGAACAAUGUCUGUGUUGGGCAGAACAACUAGAGAUCUCCAGGCAGAUGGCUACAGUGGUGGAAUGUGCUGCUUUUUUCAGUGGCUUAUUUUUGUUUUGUUGUGAAAACCAAGCCUAGGGAUCCAAACUCAUGUUAGAGCAUGGAGGUGGGAGGAUUGGACUUUGUGAGGGGAAAAUGGCUCAGCUUGUUGCCUCAGUUAAGGUUUUUCAGUAGGAGGUUUUAGCUCAUCAGGACCCCAAAGGAGAUUAUAUUUGUCUCCAUUAUGCUGUUAACUUUAUAUGACCAAAACAUCUUAUUUGAGUCUAGUGUUAACUCCUGGAAUUCUCUGUGAGGUGCUCAACUAUGUUAAUUACAUACCUUUACUUAAAGCAAAAUUAUGCUGAGGAGCAAUGUAGCUGGCAAGUAUCUAGGAGGUGUGGAGAUGGAUGAUGAGUUAGGACCAGGGCAGAUUGUCUUGCAUCGUAUCCUGUAGCAUUGAGCUUCACCAGCUUAUAGUGGUGGGGCUGAAAUUAAAACUUGCCUAAGAAGGACAUUCAGCAGUUGGUGGGUCAGCAGCUGCUGCCUCUGAGGAUACAGGUAAAACAGUUGCCCAGCUUUCCUUCCCAGGUGAAAAAUGUGAAAGUUUGAAACAAGUAAAUGGGGUUCCUGAUUAGUCAGAAAAGCUGGAAAACAAAACUAAUACUGCUUUACUGUCACUGCUGAGAGCAUUUGGUUGUUUGCUUGUUUCUGUUUUCUCAGAAUUAAUAUCCAAACAAGUCCCUGUUUGGUACUAGACAGUCCUUAGAGGGCAAGAAGUCUUGCCAGUGAAGAAACAACUAUUUAGACCAAACCUCUGAAUAAAAUAAUCUCUUUGGUUGCA